AUGUCUUCGAUUCACACCAUAUACCCCUCAUCCGUCCCUGACACCACCACACGCCGCCGGGACCGGAUUGAUGAACCCCGCAGACCUCACCAGCAACCACAACAGCAACCGCAACAACAACUUCACCUCCAGCAAUAUCAACUUCAAGGCGCCCCGUCGACGCCAAGUAAGAACAGCGAUCUCUCUGCAUACCCAUCGCCCCAACAGCAGUACUCCUCGCCCUCCCUAAACGUCAACACCCCUGCCGAGUCCGAGUCCACCCUCAGUGUUCACUACCAGUCGAGCGAAUUCAGCGAAGUUGACGAUCCCUUCUUUGGCGCGAGCUUCAAUAGCAUUGGCGGCUCCCCUUCUUUCUUGGUGGACGAUAGUUUGGAUUCGUUUCUUGUCGACCAACAGACAUCUCAGUCCAACAUUUCGACUAGCUCGCAACAUGUGCCACAGGCUGGCGCGGUCACCUUUCCUCUGAGUCCCGACAAGACCCCUUCACUAUCCACGGCUUCACCCCAGGCAGACGGGAAAAGCGAGUUUGCAACAUUUCCUGACCUGUCUCAGCCAUCGAUUGGGCCGCACGAGCUCUCACUUACAGCACAGUCGUCUUCUGUCGACUUGACUCCAAGGACAAGCAACAGUGAGGAGUCAAGCGACAGCGGCCUUGCCCCAGCAGCUCCCAUUAUGCAUAGUCAUAGUCCGCGAGUCACAGUCUCCCAUUGGGAACAAGACAACAAUGUCGGGUCAUAUGAGUUCAACACCAGCCAACAGGCAGUGCAUGAGGCCGAGCCAUCUCCCACUGUCCGUGAUCUCUCGGGCCGAUGGGCGAAUCAAUCCACAGGCCCGAGCGGUUUGGACCCAGCUCGUCGACCAAACGUCGAGGUCCCGAGCAUGAAUGAGCUGGCUUCAGAUCGUGACCGGGAACAGCAAAACAGAAGGGUUGACAGUUGGCUGCAGAAGCAUACUGCCCGAACAACACCUUCAGAGUUCGUGCCUGUCAUGCCUCAGGAUGCCAACACCAAUGUUCCCGAUCGCGAGAUUGAAGUAUCAGAGACGCAGAAUGUGCUAAAACCUGGCCAAACGUACUACAACGAGAACGCCGCGGGUGGUUUGACGGAAGAGGAUGUCGAUUUCAUUCGACAGAAUCGCAACUGGGCUGAUGGACCCAUGGUAUCGUCCAUUUCUUCCACUCGGCACCAGCCCGAGACCGCUCAAGCCGCUAUUGCGAGAUAUACGCGGAUGUGCGAUAACGAGUCGGUUGUAUCUCGAGCAGCAACAUGGGGAACACGACGUCGCAGUUUACCUAGCAUCUUUGAUUAUGAUGUGCAGGCGACCACAAACCUCUUCAAGAAGCUCUCGCUGAGCCGAGGUGAUAACAGUCGACGACCGAGCAUCAUUGGGGUCAUGCGCGACAAGCUCACCCGGAAACCAAGUGUCAACAAUAGCAAGCGGUCUCGUGGCGUUGAAAACGAUGAUGCAAGCUCUGGGGGAACCGACACAUCUUUUGAGCGAAGAGACAGCCAGGUGAAGCUCGCACCACCAAGCCCCACCCCAUGGAACAGAAAGAACAGUGUUCCAAGCAUCAACACGGCGCUUGUUGCCAUGGGGGGAAGUGUGGCAGCCAUUGGGACCACACAUGCCCGAUCCGGCUCCCUCAGCGCCACUCCUGUCCACUCUCCAGUCGUGAGGAGCCCGAGCACGCUGAGCGUCAAGAAGCCCUUGAUGAACCGAUUGAGAAGCAAGUCAGAGAACCAACCGCCUGGCAUUGUCGACAUGUGGAAGAUGACCGGUGGGCCGCCGGUUUCCAACCUUGGGAAUGCCAAGUCGAAUGCUGGUGAUUUGGAUGACGAUGAUGACGAGGAAGAUGACGGAUUUGAAGAAGGCGACAAGACGGAGUCAACCAAGCUCAUUGAUGACAUCACCCCCAACAUGGCGGGCUUCAAGGACCACGUUCUCAAGUUGAAUCCUCAACUGAGUACCGUCAACGCCUAUCUGGUCGAACGUAUCGCCCACCAGCAGAUCAUCCGGUACAAGGGCCUCCUCAACUCUCGGGUAAAGCACAUCCAGGCUGUCAAAGCACAAAACUGCAACUGCGGUAGCAUGUGCAUUGCACUCGGAGGCAGUGCCAAUAUCCUCAACGCCGGCGGUACCGACCCCCUAUCUGCCAGGUUUGACGGUUCGGAUGGAGAAAUCACGCCGCUAGAGGGCGCGAUCAAUCAGGAGAGCUUCCCUCAAGACAUCCCCAUGCCUCCUACCAGCACACUGCCUGCCGAGUUUGAGUGUCAGCUGUGUUUCACGUCAAAGAAAUUCCAGAAGCCUUCUGACUGGACCAAACAUGUCCAUGAAGAUGUCCAGCCGUUUACCUGCACCUGGGACCGAUGCAGAGACCCCAAAAUCUUCAAGAGAAAGGCAGACUGGGUCCGCCACGAGAACGAAGGUCAUCGGCACCUGGAGUGGUGGACGUGCGACGUUGAGGACUGCCGUCAUAUCUGCUACCGCCGUGACAACUUCCUUCAACACUUGGUUCGCGAGCACAAGUUUGCUGAGCCCAAGGUGAAGACCAAGGCGGCCAUCAAGCGGGCAGGUGGUAACGACCCCACCUGGCAAAGAGUCGAGGCUUGUCACAAAGAGACCACUGCUUUGCCUCAACAAGAACCAUGCCGCUUCUGUGGCAAGACGUUCCCGACCUGGAAGAAGUUGACUGUCCACUUGGCCAAGCACAUGGAGCAGAUCAGCUUGCCGAUUCUCAAGCUGGUAGCCAAGAAGGAUCUCGACGAGGAUACCAUCAUCAGUCCUGUCCAAGAUCCGCCACCGCGGCAGUUUCCUCCCACAUUCAACACCCAAACCCAGUGGGAUCGAUCUCCGGUUGGCCAGGGGCCAAUGGUCCGUCAACAAGGCCCAAUGCCAGUAUAUACGAAUGCGCCGCUCCCUGGCCAGUUUGUCUACCAUCACGCUAUACCUCAGCAACAACAGUUUUACCCUCAACACCACAGCGAUUUUGGUGAUCUCGCUCAGAGCAUGGGUCAGACCAAUCUCAACAUGCAACCGGUCGGACACCACCCCGUCACUGGCUUCACUAGCCUCAACACGCCCGCCUUUGGCGGCGGACUUCCCGUCACAACAAGCCCUUACAUGUCAACGCCGCCAAACAAUUAUGUGUCUACUCCAGAGAUAGAGCCCUUUCCCGCCAUGCCAACCAUGUCGAUGAACGCUCUGGGGCUGCAAGAUCCCAGCGCGGGGGUCCAGAUGGGGUAUGGGGGUAACAUGCUUGAUAUUCAUGCGACUGGGCCUGAACAUCAGUUUACACCCCAGGCAGCAGUCUCAGUCAAGAACCUAUCCAGCACCCUCCUCCGCGCAGCCACAGACGCCUGGGACCGCCCCCUCCGCCCCCAACCCCUCCUCCUCUCGGCAGAGAUCAGUUUCACCUCCCCCUUUGAAACCGCCUCCGCAACCGACAAGCUUGGCGAGGACACGAUCCACUACGGCAAUUUAUCAAAGGCACUCCUCGACAUUGUAGAGACUUACUUCGGCCCUAAUUCUGCAGCCGCCAUUUCUUCUCCAGAGGAGGACGAGGGGGAUGCGAUCUCGGUGCUGAACCAGAUAUUCGUUCAUCUCACUGGGUUGUCUAUCGAUGGUGUCAAGGGGGACAGAACCCCUUUUUUGGGGGGGAGUUUAGAUAGGAUCGGGUUUCUGGGUGUGAAGCUGACGCUCCCAAAAGCGAGCUUGCUCGGCGAGGGUGUGAGUCUCACCGCAAGCGCGGGGUUUGACAACACGGGAAAAAUGACCGCCCGCGCGCUAGGGAUGGAGAUCACCAGACUCGGAGUGCCGACGUUGGUCGGGGUUAACCCUAACGAGCGGGAGGCGAGGCAGAUGUUGGUUGUUACGGUGGGGAUUGAGGGGAUCAAGGUGAGGGGGGAUAGGUAUGUCGGGGUUGAAAAGGCGGUUGUGAAGGCGCUGGGGGAGUCAUCAUUCGAGACGUUGGAAGCGUUGGGGGCGCACUUGAUUGACAAGGUGGAGGAGGUUUUUGUCAAUGGGGAGGAUUACACCGUCAGAGUAAAAAUCGAGAAGCCGAUUGCGGUUCCGUUGGCCGAGUGUCCGGUUGUGGAGGUGAGGAGAGUGGUGAAGGAUUAUUAUAGGUGAUUUGCUGUACGGCAUCAAAGUGUUCAUCUAGCAUUGCUUGAAGCAGUUGCCUCCAGUCUAUUUGAGCCUCCCUCUCUAUCUUACACCUCAACACCGAAAUUCAAAGUGUCC